CCGAGCGGCUGGGCCCAGCGCCGGCGCGGAUGGCGGACUCGCAGCUGUUCUGCGUGGCCGAGGAGCGCAGCGGUCACUGCGCCGUGGUGGACGGAAACUUCCUCUACGUGUGGGGGGGCUACGUGUCUAUUGAAGACAAUGAAGUAUAUUUGCCCAAUGAUGAAAUUUGGACCUAUGAUGUUGAUAGUGGGUUGUGGACAAUGCACCUAAUGGAAGGAGAACUCCCUACCUCCAUGUCAGGAAGUUGCGGUGCCUGCAUCCAUGGAAAAUUCUAUGUUUUUGGAGGAUAUGAUGACAAAGGAUACAGCAAUCGACUGUAUUUCGUAAAUCUGCGAACAAGGGACGGCACCUACGUUUGGGAAAAAAUCACCAACUUCGAAGGACAACCACCCACACCACGUGAUAAACUUUCCUGCUGGGUAUAUAAAGACAGAUUAAUUUAUUUUGGUGGUUAUGGCUGUAGGAGACACAAUGAACUUCAAGACUGUUUUGAUGUUCAUGACGCAUCUUGGGAAGAGCAGAUAUUCUGGGGAUGGCAUAAUGAUGUUCACAUAUUUGACACAAAAACACAGACUUGGUUUCAACCAGAAAUUAAAGGUGGAGUUCCGCCACAGCCACGAGCAGCGCAUACAUGUGCGAUUCUUGGAAAUAAGGGCUAUGUCUUUGGCGGACGUGUCUUGCAAACUAGGAUGAAUGAUUUGCACUAUCUAAACUUAGAUACCUGGACUUGGUCUGGAAGGAUUCCUAUUAAUGGAGAAAAUCCCAAACAUCGGUCAUGGCAUACUUUGACACCAAUAGCUGAUGAUAAGCUUUUCUUAUUUGGGGGACUAAGUGCAGACAAUAUUCCCUUAAGCGAUGGUUGGAUUCAUGAUAUCACAACUAAUUGUUGGAAGCAGCUUACACAUUUGCCUAAAACAAAACCCAGGUUAUGGCACACAGCUUGUUUGGGAAAAGAAAAUGAAAUCAUGGUUUUUGGUGGAAGCAAAGAUGAUCUACUUUCCUUAGAUACAGUAGCCCCACAGAAGUGACAGAGAAUUCUGAUCUUUACCUUCAAUUUCAAAACUUCAGUAAAACCAAGAAAGCCAUGCUCUGAGGAAAUGUGGAAGUUCUGGGAGCCAGUUUUGAAAUUCUCUAGUCAAACAGUAUUCAUUCCGCACUCUCACCAACUGAUGAUGUACUGCCAGUUUCUGUGCUGUUCACCUCUGCAGCCCAAAAAGGACAGCCUCAUAACUUUAUCUCUGAAUUCUCCAUCACAGGCUCUCUGUUUGGAAUAUGUUUCUAGAAGGUUUGAUGGUUUUGUUUUUUUUUUUUUUCAAGUGACCCAUAUGAUAGGUUUCCAGUUUAAUUCUGGAAUUUCUUAGGACUGUCAGGAUAUUCUUCCAGUUGUCAGGAAGGCAUCUUUUACUAUAUCAUUAUACAAAUGAUAUAGUAAAUAAAUAGCACAUCAAAAUUUGUGAACCUAUUUUCAAAUAGUGUCUUUGCACAAACAUCUUUUUAAGAUAAUUAGCUUCUUUUAAAAAUGAGCUUCUUAACAAAAGCUUGAAAUAGUCUUUAGAACUUUAUAUUGUCAGCCUAGAUACAAAGUGAUGUUUUUACCAAAUCAUUAUUUAUUUAUAUGUAUAUAUGUGUGAGAGAGAGGAAUACAAAAUAAACUCAGUAAGGUAGGGAAAUUUUUAGAGUAGUAAUAUUUCUGACAAGUGAAAAUUUUGAUUCAGAACAUUUUGAAGGAAAAGAAGCAAUUUUAAGAAACAAAUAAUGCCCCCUGCCUAAUUUUUAUUGGGGAUGGGCUAUUUUUCCAUUGUAUGAAUGUAAUUAUGUUGGAAUUUCCAGUUUGAUGAAUUUUUCAUGUAGUCCAUCUUGUAGGUACAAGGACAUUUUUUAAUCAUAGGGUUUAGUCUCUUUUCAAGAGGAAAAGACCAGAGCUUUCUGUCCCCGCUUCUUUUUGCUCCAUGAGGAUACUUUGGGAAUAUGGCAGACUGCAAGUUAGGAAGAGGGCGCUCACCUAGAAGCAAAUCUACCAGCACCUUGACCUAGGAUUUUCUAGCCUCCACAACUGUGAGACAUACAUGUUUGUUGUUUCAGCUGCCCAGGAAAAGUAUUUUACUAUAGCAACCAGCGCUGUCUAUCUUUGACACAUCCAAAGUUCAUAGUUUACAUUGGUGGUGGACUUUCUAUGGAUUUAGACAAAUAUGAUAACAGGUAUCCACAUUACAGCAUCAUAGAAAAUAGUUUCACUUCCCUAAAAAUGCUUUGUACUUUGCCUGUUCAUUUCUGCCUCUGUCCAUAAGGUCUGUUGACUACUGGUCUUUUUACUCUGUUUAUUGUUUUGCUUCUUCCAGAAUGUCACAUGGUUGGAAUCAUACAGUAUGUAUGAUUGGUUUAUUAUUUUUUUUAGAUUGGUUUAUUUCAGGUGUAACAUGCUUUUAAAUUUUCCACGUCUUUCUGUGGCUUGAAAGAUAGUUCAUUUCUUUUAUUCAAUAAAUAGUAUUCUAUUGCCUGUUUCCACCACAUUAAUUAUUUCAGAUUUUCUACAUUUCUACAUGAUAAUUAUGUCAUCUAUGAACAAAGACAAUUUAGUUUCUUCUUCUGUGAUAUUUAUAUAUUUUACUUUCUUGUCUUAUUGUAUUUGUUGGUAUAUCUGGUAGGAUGUUGCAAGGUAGGGGUGAUAGAGGACAUCCUUGUCCUUCUGAUCUUACUGGGAAAGCUUCAAGUUUCUCAUCAUUGAGUAUAAUGUUAACUUUCAGCUUUUUUUUUUUAAAGAUUUACUUAUUUAUGCAUACAGAACUGGGGUACAAGCUAGACGU